AUGAUCAGAUCUGCUCAGCAAGAGGAUGGAUAUCUGAAUAUCCAUUUUACGGUCGUUGAUCCCAAGGGGCGAUUCACCAAUCUGAGGGAUCUUCACGAGUUAUACAAUGCGGGACAUUUGAUCGAAGCUGCGCUCGCGCACCAAGAUUACUACGGAAACGACUUGUUGCUACAACCAAUCCUCGAAUACGUCGACUUGUUAUGCAAAACCUUUGGCCCGGGCUCAGAUCAGAAGCAUGGCUAUCCCGGUCAUCCAGAGAUUGAGCUUGCUCUCCUCCGUCUUUUCGAGAAGACGAAAGAUCCUCGACAUCGAGCAUUGGCGCAGUAUUUCAUCGAGGAACGUGGAAACCCUCACGGACAAGACGGUCGUCAUUAUUACGAUGUGGAAGCAGAACUCCGGGGAGAGGGCGAGCACGAACGCCCCGCCUACUGGACAGAAGAAAGAAGUUUCUGGUAUCAACAAGCCCAUAAGCCGAUUAUCGAACAAGAAACAAUCGAGGGGCACAGUGUGCGAGCAAUGUAUCUUCUGACAGCCGUAGCUGACCUCGUCCGGAUUGACAAUACGGGUAACACGGGCGCCCUACGGAAUGCGCUGGCCCGCCUAUGGACCAACAUGGUGGACAAGAAAAUGUAUCUAACGGGAGGAAUUGGCGCGAUGAAACAAUGGGAAGGGUUCGGAAUCGACUAUUUUCUGCCCUCUGGUACUGAUGAGGGUGGAUGCUAUGCUGAGACGUGUGCCGGAAUUGGCGUCAUGAUGCUUGCCGAGCGAAUGCUUCAACUGAAUCUGGAUGUCAAGUUCGCCGAUGUGAUGGAACUAUGCUUCUACAAUGCUGUGCUGACUGGUAUGUCAGCGAAUGGAAAGCAGUUUACUUAUGUCAACCAGUUAGCAUCUACGGACACGGAUCUGUCGAAACGCGCGGAGUGGUUUACAUGUGCUUGCUGCCCUCCAAAUAUGGCCCGGCUUCUGGGCUACAUCGGAGGUUACUUGUGGUCUCAGAAAGCUGACGAAAAGAAUAAAUCGGUUGAAGUUGCCGUGCAUUUGUACUCUUCGGCAAUCAUCAAGAUUCCCACUGGCGAUACUACCGUGGAACUGGAGCAGAAGUCCAAUUGGCCGUGGGAUGGUAAAAUCAACUUUGCUCUUCGAAAUGCUUCUGAGGUGGCGACUACAAUCAAACUAAGGAUCCCAGGUUGGGCGACAGACUGGAAGCUUUCGCCAAGCACGCCUGAAACUGUACUUGAGAAAGGAUAUCUGACCCUUUCUCCGGGUUGGCUCAAGAGACACAAUACGUUUGAACUUGAUAUUCCCCUCAAGCCACGGUUCAUUACACCUCAUCCAUACACGAAGCAAGACAUCGUAGCGCUUGCCAGAGGCCCACUCAUAUAUUGUCUCGAAGACUUUGACAACUCAUGGGUAGAAGACCAUUUCAAGAGCCUUGUCUUGGAUCCUGCUGGGAGUAUCACUGAGGAAGUAGCGUCUGACUCUGAACUUGGAGAGCCAUGCGUUACUUUGACUGCACAUAAUUCGGCAUCAUUCCUUAGAGUAGAGGAGUCUCUUGGUCCCCUCGUUCCCCUCGGUAAAGCGACUGUGAAGGAAAGGCCAGCUGUUCAACAACUAAAGUUUAUUCCUUACUGCCUUCGUGACAAUCGUGGGGGGAAGGGCCAUAUGAGAGUAGGUAUCCGCAGAAAACAUUAA